AUGCGUUCAUGGUUAGCUUGUCGGGAAAGUGAAAGUGUGUACCACAGGCUGUUGAAAGAGCUGAGUUUAGAGAAUCACGAGACUCUGAAGAACUGGACCAGGCUGAACAAGGACCAGUACCACAGACUUCUUGAGUUAGUAACACCUCUCAUCGCCAAAAGUGACACUAAGAUGAGGAAAGCUGUCACUGCAGGAGAGCGUUUGACACUGACACUUCGUUACUUAGCCACAGGGGAAUCUCAAGUUUCACUCGCCUACCAGUUUCGCAUCAGCCACAACCUCAUCUCUUCAAUAAUACCUUCUGUAUGUAGAGCCAUCUACCAAGUUCUGCAGCCACAGUACCUUCACCUACCAAGAAACCAAAGUGAGUGGCAGCAUGUUGCAAGCCAGUAUUAUGCAAGGUGGAAUUUUCCUAUGUGCAUUGGGGCUCUAGAUGGCAAGAGGGUACUAAUUUCUAAGCCACCACGUUCUGGGUCUGAAUAUUAUGAGUACAAGGGCCAUUUUAGUCUCAUCAUGAUGGCACUGGUGGAUGCAGACUACAAAUUCAUGUAUGUUGACGUAGGUGCUAGUGAUCGAGCUAGUGAUGCUGGAGUGUGGGAGAGAUGUGGCCUCAGAGAUGCUAUUGAGGGAAAAAAAUAA